AGGAAACCUGGGGACGAAGGUGGAUCGAAAAUCCACCAUUUCGUUUGAGUUUCCGCUUUUCUUACUGUUUUGGUUUUUGUUCCGUUAGAUAUGGAUGAGAAAUCGAGAAUGGAGUGCCCCAGUCUUCCUAACGGCUGGCAGCGCGAAAUUGUGAUGAGGAAGUCAGGUUUGUCAGCCGGGAGAAGCGACGUUUAUUAUUACAGGUACAUGUACAUGGGAACGUGUUAAUUUGUUUGAGAAGAUUUCCUUCACGUUUUGAUUUCUUGUAUCACUCUUCUUCAAUUGGAAAGUGCCAUAUAAUGCCUUGAAGUCCUUAUUUAAAGGGAGUUUUACCAUUUUCCGGGGAGGCAAGACGCGGUCUAAGCGAUCCUAAGAUUUUAACUGUAACAUACACUUAAAAAUUCUGUGCACUGGUGACAAAAGACGUGGAGACCUUCACAUGUGUCGACGAAACGAAUUAUCCGUUUUAGUUGGUAAACAUGUGCACAGUUUUUUCAAUCCACACAAUUCUGGUGAUCCUUCACCCGAGUGUUAAGUUUUAAAGAAAAAUACAAACUGUGGGACUUGCUGUAUGAGAGAAACGGAGAGUCAGUGAUGUCAUGCAGUAUUAUAACUUAUGUAAUAAUAGCAAACAAACAAUAAGUGGAUAAAUUUUUUUAGCUGGCAAACAUAUUCAAGAAAAAAAACAGCACAUAAUUGUUAAUUUAGAGAGAUACACAAAUAUGAUCAUUUACUGAAAUUUUAAUAGAUGUGUCAUUCACAUUUGGAUAAAUAUGAACUAUCAAGUCUCAGGCCAAAUCCUUGCUAUGCAGGAUACAUUUUGAAAUUACAUUGAAGUUUAGGCCACAAUACAUUGAUCAUGGGGGGGUGGCAUGAGGGCCUGAUGGCUAUUGUGCGGAAGUCUGGGUCUAGGGUAAGAGAUCCUUGUUUGAGACCUGGUCAUGCCAUAGUGUGGCAAAACACUUUCCUCUCACAGUACCUCUCUCCACCCAGGAGUAUAAAUGGGUACCUGCAAAUUUUCAGGGAAGCCUAAGCAGAUGCUGGGGGAUAACUUUGCAAUGGACUGGCAUCCCAACUAGAGAAGAGUAGUAUUAAUGUGAACUAUACCAGGAUAAGCUCUGGCUUUUUGGGCUACUUGACUUUAGUACAGAGUUUACCCUACCUACAAUAAUCUCAGACCAUGGAAGAAGUUGUUGAAUGCCCCCAUGAGUACAUGCAUAAUAUGGGCUUAAUUGAGAGCGUCUACUCUUUCUUUCUUCUUUGAAUGGACUUAAAGAAGAGAAGACCUCAAAAUAUAGAAUUCCUACCAGCAGAAGGAAACACUUUUUGUUUGUGAUCUAAUAAUGAGAUAAAAUAAUUGUUGAACAUAGAGACUGACCACAAAGCUUUAACAUGAAUGGAAUAUUUCCACUUCACUUUGCAGAGGUCAUGCUGUUUAAGUAGUGUUCAUUACCAUGAUGAUCACUUCGAUAAUCGGACAAGUUCCUGUUGGAGUCUUGAAAAUUUCUCAGCUGUGCCUCAUGUGCUCCCCUUUUUUUGUUCUCACCACAUUUUUUGUCAUAUGUGAUCUAUUGCAGAACAGAUGCACAACAAUAUGGAAUCUUUUGGUCUAGAAGAUGUGAUAAUAUUACAAAGACAUAAAUGUGUAACAUUUUUCUACUUUUCUUUGAGCAGUCCAGAUGGUAAGAAAAUCCGUUCCAAGCCUCAGCUAGAACAACACCUUCCAGAAUUGGACCUUGGAAAUUUUGACUUUAGAAGUGGUACUUUCAAUAGGCGAAGUAAGAGGAGACAAGGAGAAAGAGAUCAAAGCUUUGGCAGAGAUUUGAAUCGAGGGAUAAUUCCUGCUCCUGUGCGUCAAUAUGCCAAAUCAUUUUCAGGGGAACAUGUUACAUAUUACCCUUCUAUGGCAGUGGCUCCUCCAAAAGAGAAGAAACGUAAACACGAGGCAUUAAAUGCAAGAACUGACAAAGAUAAACCAAAGCAGCUGUUUUGGGAAAAACGUCUACAAGGGAUUUCAGUUACUUCAUUGGAACAGGAUGUGCUCAAGUGUUUUCGCUUGCCAGAUCAAAUAAAGAGUGUAGGCCCUGGAAUAAGCCAAAAGAACUUAAUUCAUUCUUUAGUGACAAAUUUGCAUAACAAAGCAAGUGUAAAAGGGCAAGACAGAUCUGCUAUAGCUCUGGAAAAGCACCCAGAGGUCUGGCUAAAUGCUGAGCAACCUCUGUGUACUCCCUUUACUAUCACAGAGGCAGAUGUCAAGAAACAAGAAGAAAAGGUGUCCACAUUACGAAGGCAGUUAUAUGAGGCCUUAGUUGAAUAUGAGCAUUUAAAGAGGGAUCCACCACCAAAGUAAACUGCUUUGUGAAGCAGCAACUCAACUGAAAACUUGCUAAGGAACAGCUGUAUGCACAUUA